UUUUUGUAUUAUAUUAGUUUUGUUUUUCUUUAUUUUGACGUUAUACGUGUAUGUGUAUGUUUGUGAGUGUGUGUAUUUUAAAUAAUUCCAAAUAAAGUUUAUUUAAAAAAAAAAGGCUUGCAUAAAGCAUGGCUUUCCCAAUGUCCAAAUCGUUUAUGUAAACCAUGCAAAGGAUGGUAUGCCUGAAUUAGGAAGGAGUCAACAGCAUGUGCAUGGAGGAGAGAAAGUAUACAGGUCUAUACAAGCUUUAGAGUUAAAUUAUCAGAUGAAAGUAUAACUAUACAAUACAAAAGGCAAUGGUUGGUUGAAAUGAAAAAAUCCAAUGUCCAUAUUAGGACAGUAUCUUUAUUAGGCCAACCAACAAAGCAAUGCACAAUCUUUUGGGUUCUCCUGAACUCUUAAUAAGGCUAGGUAGUAUACAAAGCAAUAAAAUAAAAGGAGGGAGGAGAAAGAGAGAGAGAGAUAGAGAAACCAAUUGCUGGUGAUUAACCCAUCAUUUCCUGCAUGUUGAAAGAGUUUUACGACAGACUGAUAGGGGAAAUAGUAGACAUUCAUAUGAGGUCCCUUAGGUUCUAUGCAGGUAUAGAUUCUCUAUCUCGGGAAAUACAAAAAUACAAGUUAGUUUUAUAUCGCCAAAUCUUAUUCAUUAGUCUUUGAUCUCCUCUACAGAGGCCAGUCAAACAAUUUCAGCAUCAGGUGAUUUUGCUUCAAUGAGAAAACAAGCCUUCUUAAAACCUUUGAUCUCAGAAUGCUAUUGAAGUGUUUGCCUUUGAUAUUUAAUUCCACAAACAUUCAUAGGAAGUAUCUUGAGAAACUUAUUCUUGCCUGGCCAAACAAUAAACACAUCCUGGCCUAUUAAUUGCUGGUCAACAGGCCCUUCUGCAAGGUGGGCUUAUACCGUAUUUAUAUUGGGCUGGGAAACCUCAAGCCCAGAGGCAGAAUACUCUCCUGUGGCUAUCCCUCCCCUCACUAUAUGUUUCCUUAGUGCUUUUGCUUGACUGGAAUGUAUCAUUGACCUCUAAUAAUGCUUCUUGCAUUCUAGAUGGCAUAUGAAGGGGUGUAUAUAGAAACACCUGCAUUUGCAUGGCUGGAAUGUAUAAAGGAAGCAGUCAUAACCAAUGUUAUGCCCACUUUUGCCUCUGGUGCCACCUACCAUGGGCACAUGGCCCCCACAAGCUUCUCUCUGAGGUAAUGUGGCCCUCAGGUUGAAAAAGCUGCCCUAUCUUGAUUUUUAUGAAACAUUUCUGGAUUUCAAUGGGUUUUACAAUCUAACAGGUAUUCAUAUAAUGUUCCAGCUAUUAGAAGCCCCUUUUCCCAUGCAAGCUAACAAAAUGUCUACGACUGAAAAAUCCCACAAAGUCUUUUAUUUCUUGAAAUUGAGAAAUCGUGAAUUGUCAAAAAGCUGUUAAAAAUUAUCCACCAAUAUUUUCAAAUGGCUCUGCCCUGUUAACACAAUUUUGAGCUGUUGCUUCACUCAGUAUCUAAAGUUCAGAGUUUGGGGAAAUAUUUGGUUUUCCAAUUUUUUACACCAAGUCAAUUUAGAAGCCCAAGUAAAAGAAUGCAACUUUGUAGCGGGAGUUGGAAUAGCGGAAAAGAGGGCCACCACACAGGUGCAUUUUAUUAUUCUUUAUCUUAACCAAAAGACUGAAAAACAAUAAGAUACAGCAGUGGUUCCCAACUGGUGGUCCGUGGACUGCAUGGGGUCCGUGUAGACCACCCAGGGUUUUUUUUUCUGAACAGCCAAAUAUAUUUGUUGCUUAGGAUGCAAAAACGGAAUUAUAAUAGCACCCAAUUUGUAUUUCACCUUUGUCAACCUGAUUCCAAUCUGCAAUUUAGAAUAAUAUUUUUUGGGAAUGUGUUUUGAGAAAAAUUCAUAAUUUUGAGGCUUGUAUAGCUGGCUUAUACUGUAACCAGCCUUUGUUUGAUCCCAGUUCCUCAAUAAUGAUUUGAAGUAACUAUUAGGACCAAGAGUCCCCCCCCCCCCCCAAAAAAAAGUUGGCUUCCAGCAUAUCCUCCGAACUGUCUUAGGGACAUGAUAGGCAAGGAGGGAUGAGAUAGGGAAGAGUAAAAGUGCAGUUGCAUAAACAUAAGCUUUGUUUUGCCUAGAGGCGAAGAGUACAGUUAGUGUCGUAUUACAAUUGGGCAAUUAAGUAUAGCAGUACCCAGUUGCGAUCACUUGCAGAUCGGGAUUUGUCCCAUGUUUGCUGUAAAUGUCCUUAGUACUGGCUAGAAAUAGAAAUGUUUUAGGUCAGAGAAAAAUGUGAGUCCAGUUUGAUGUUCUAAAUCAGGGGUCGGCAAGGCUUACAAGGCAUGGGCCGGAUCACUCCUGUGGAGAUCCUCCGUGUGCCAGACCAGUGCAGCGCGAUGCCGGAAAUCACACCUGCGCAGAAGUGAUUUUCAGCGUCUGGGCAUGUGCAGAAGUGAUUUCCAGCACAGUGUGUGGGGACUCACCAAGUGGGUGGCUCGGUUCGGGGGCGGCUUGUGGGCCGGUUAAACGGCUUCUGUGUGCCACAGAAGUUAUAUUAUGGGGAAUGUGGGCCACAAUCCCAAUUUCCCACCACACAUACAGUUAAUUGGUGAGAUUAAGCAACUCACCUUUCCACCCACUGGUUUUCCCCUGCCAGUAUCCUGCCCUCUUUCAUGUCUCCCUUUUCUCUGCAUCCCUAAGAUGCCUUGUUGUGCUGCAGUUCCCUAAAACAGCCACACUGUGGAGCUAUGGCAUUUGAAAAUGUUCAACGUUCAGACACCGAAUAUGUAGGAUGCAGAUAUUUAGCAAUAUUUUAUCACAUUACUUCCUUAGGAAAAGGCCAUGGCAAAAAUCAGAGUGGAUUCUGGUGGUGGACACCACCGAGCUUUAAAACUCUUUAAAACUCAGCACUUAUUGCUAAAUAAUAGAUUUUACAGUCUUUUCUAUAGGACGUGAAAUGUCUUCUCUGCAUGCAUGCUGAGAUUUAGAGGCAUAAGGGUUUCCAGCUGCAUCAAAAACUGUUAACUUUACCAGCUUCAAAACAAAUAAUUGCAAUGUUAAGGAAAUCUGACCUAUCUCCAUGCAACAUAAGCAUAGCUAAUAAAGAGUUAGCAUUUAUUGAUAAUGGAAAAGCUGUCAACAGUUAGUCACAAGCGGACAAGGAAGUAAAAUGAUAUUAUCACAAUCUGAUUUUCAGUUAUAUUCUCUAAUGUGGACGACAAUCCUGUGAACAAAGCUAGAACAGUGCCAGCCUAUCUGUGUAUAUUCAUAAGGACUCAGCCAGGAGGCAAAAGUUUUAAGUUACUAGGAUAACCAUUGUUUUAAUAAAAUUUUCUUUUAUUUUCAUUUCUAUUGAAUACUUGUUAAAUUAUGUACACUAUGCUACAAGGCAGACGAGUCUCACUCUUGUAUUGGUCCCCAUGUUGCAAUGGUCUUCAUUGUAAACAAUAACAUGAAUAAAAAUUAAGAUUGAUUAGAGCUACUGUAUUAGGGCAGAGGCUGCUGAUUUAAGGCAUGGAGCAAAUACCCUUAGACUCUGUUGUGUUCAUUUCAAAGGACCCAUGGGCAUAGUAACCUAUUUGAUUGGAAAAGUAAGCAGUUACAUCAUUCCAGUUAAAAUCAGAGGGACUGAGGUUACUUAAUCAGCUGGUUACUUAAUCAGCUGCAUUAUGUCUAUUUUAUGUAAAUCCUAUUUCAGUUUUGUAACAUGCAUUUAUGUCAAAGUUCUGAUCAUGUUCUCAAAAGGCCAAAGAUACUGGCUUUGAAUACUUUAAAAGCAAAGGAUAAGCAUACUGUACUGAUAUCCUUGUCUUAAGCACAUUUAAUCGACUUUACUUAAAUCUGUCUGAUGCAGAUAUGAAAUUUAUGUUGACUGGAACAUAGAUUUGUAGUGCAAUGCUGUACAUCAACUCAGAAGUACCAUUGAGUUCAAUCAUAUUUAUUCCCAUAUAAGUUUGUAAAGUGUUGCACCCCAAGUUUCUAUUAUGGAUCAAACACAGAAACAAAGAGAGAAAAGCUUAUAUUACUUUCUAGUCUUUUUGUCACACAUUGGUGGUGUUAUUGAAAAUUGUUUCUGAGUCAUUUACUCAUAACAAUAUUUACUUGGAAAUAAGUCUCACUGAAUUCAGUAAGGCUUAGUCCUAAGUAAGUGUACACAGGAUUGUAGUCUCAGGGUUGUGCUUUAAAAGUACAGGUGUAACAUGGUAUUCCAGACUGUGCAACACAAGAUAUAAAGAUCUCAGUUCCAUUCAUCAUGUUUUAUUUGCCUGUUGAUUGCUAAGAACUGCUCUUGAAUGCAUCUGCCAGUACAAACAGUGUUGAGGUGUGUGCGGGUCUCCAAUUGCAAUCCAAGCCUGAGACAUUUCUGAAAGUCGUGUCAGGAAAUUGGAACCUCUUUAGUUUGCCUUCACAGAAAUAGCUGCAAGUGUGGGGAGUACUUUAUCUGCAGCUUAUAUUUCAAAAUAGUUUAUAACUCUGGAGAUGCUCCCACUGCAUUUUCUCACUUGAAUUUUUAGCUGAGAGACUGGGAUUGGGGACGAGAGUGAACUUUCUUCUAAAUACCUUCUCUAAGUUUUAUUUUUAACUGUUUCCACCAAUAACAUCUCUCAUAGACACCAACGGUUAAUUUCUACAGAAAUUGCUUAUUAUGAAAUAAGUUGUGCAAAACUGCAUUUCCUAGUAGAUAUCAUUUUUAUAAUUUUAAUGAUGCCCAAACCAUAUCUCAUCUUGGAGGAAACACUAGGAUAUGAUUUAGUGGUUACUGAGAACAAACACAAAAUCCAAGAAGAAGAAGAAAAGAAUAGGAAAUCAAAUGAAACUUCUUGAUUAAAACCUGAACCAUAGCUGUCAAGUUCUCCCUUUUUUAAAGGGAAAUUCCCUUAUGCUGAAUAGGCUUCCUCGUGAGAAAAGGGAAAACUUGACAGCUAUGACCUGAACAUUCAAUUUGAUAUCAUAUUGGCCAACAUUUUUAAAAAAUCUGUUUUCAGUGUGAUGCAGACAGGAUCAUCAGUGGUGCUAUUAAUGUAUUGUUAUGUAGUCAAUGGUGUAUCUGUGGCAAUUCCAAAAGUAAUGAAAGCUACAAGUUUGAUUAUUUUGGAACUGGGUCAGAUGAAGCAUCAAUCCAAUCUGGAAAAAGCUUUUUUUCUGAUGUUAAUGUUAUUCUGGUGUUUCAUGUGGAUGAGGAGAUUUUUUUGAUAGGAUGGCUGCAUUUUCUGCACAUGAAUUCAAAGAAAGGCCAACUAUAUGUGGCAUUUCACACACACCCUUUAGGGUUUUGUUGUUGUUGCUUUUUUUUGCCUUAGGGUUGCUUUCCUGCUUCAAGCUCACAGCAGAGGCUGGGUGGAAGAGAGGUCACCCUUCCUCAUUCUGCAAGCAAGUUCACACUAGCUGGUGGCUUCCAUGCAUUCAUUUCAGGGGCUAACACUGAGGUCGUGGUUGGAGCAGUUCAUGUUGUGACAUCUUUGGUAUGAAUCUGUGCUUCCAUGUAUGGGCUAUACACACAGCUGCUACAAAUUGCAUGAUUGUUUGGCCUUUUGUUUUUGUAUUUCUUUUUCCUAUUUCUUACCAGGUUCUAAGUUUAGACACUUUGCUUCAAAAUAAAACUAACAGACGUCUAACCAUUCAGUGGUGACAUUGGGAUCUUCCCACAAAAAGUAACACCCAGAACACCUUAAAGCCCCUUAAGCAAACACACAAUUCCAGCUUCAGUUCCUACCAGAGGCAGAUGGUUUGCCACCUCCCUCCACAGACAGGCAUCUUCCCUAACCUGACUUCUUAAAGUACAGCCAGGAUGUAGUGGUAAAGACCUGCUGGUUCAUGAGCUAAAUCUGGCCCGUGGAUAACCACCAAGUGGCCCACUGUUUACCCAUCUCCUCCUUGGAGCUACAGCCUCGUGGCUAAAAUAAACCUUUUAGUCCCAGACAAUCUCCUUGGAGCUGACUCAGGAGGAAGAGGAACUGCCAAAAUCACACAGGCUGUACACAACGUCCCAGAUUGUGAAGGUACUGGAAGGUGUCGGGCGAAAACAUAUCUCUCCAACCAUGCAUUUGGCUGAUUAGCACUCUGUGGCUUUUUAAAUGUGUUUGUGGAAGGUGGGUGGUUAGUGGUUUGUUUGUUUUUUAUUAUGUAUUUUGUAUUCUCGUUUUGUAUUUUUCUGUCGUGAACUGCCAUAGGAUCUUCGGAUGAAGGGUGGCCUGCAAAUUUAAUAAUAAGUGUGGCAAGUGAAUAAAAGCGAGAAGUACUGUAUAUUCCGGCGUAUAAGACGACUGGGUGUAUAAGACAACCCCCAACUUUUCCACUUAAAAUAUAGAGUUUGGGAUAUACAUGCCGUAUAAGAAAUAUGACCCGGCGUAUAAGACGACCCCCGACUUUUGAGAAGAUUUUCCUGUGUUAAAAAGUAGUCUUAUACGCAGGAAUAUACAGUAGCUUGAUCCCCUUGGCUCUGUGCUUUCUUUGACCUACAUUGCCCAUUGGUGCCAAGCACUGAGUUGCCAAUGCAUGAGUGUAGUGUUUAGUGAAGAGGGUCAAGUAACCCCCCCCCCCUUCCUGAUUCAAGAGGAAAAUGAACCCUGACUUCUAGAUAUGAGGCAAUGGCAUGGCACCACUCAUGUGUUCCCUGUGUUCCCUCUGAAUGCUUGGAACUAAAGACUACCAUUGUUUGUUCAUUUCCACCAGGACCUUUAAGGUAGCAGAACAGUCCAAGCCAUGGAAGCAGAGUGUUGUGGAGCCCUUGUCAUGCUGCCAUAAACUGAAGGAGUUGCACCAGUAACUACACACAGAUCUGAGGAGAUGUCAGAUGGAAGGAAAGCAAAGAGUAUGGCUGACCUGACCCAUAUGGUCAAUGCACAAUAGGUACCUGAGGAACGUUCACUCUAGCAUGGUCAGCUGUGGUUUUUGUUGCCAUUUUCUAAUGCUGCAUUCCUCAAGCCCAGCAGUUUUGCAGCUUCUGCAGUGUCAUGAGACAGAACUUUUGGGGAGGUUCAAUGGCUUUAUUUUUCUUUGAUUUUUUUUUUGAGGGGCUGUGUCACUGUUUCAAUGUCAGUGAAUCCAAGCCCCAAAAAAUUCAUAAAAUACAAAAGUAUCCUUCAGUUCUGUAACAUUGGAUGUAUUAUAUAACUUUUCUGUGGUUUGGAUAGGAUUGCCAGUUAAUAUUAUGCUAUCUCAACAUGGCCUGGGCAGAGCCCAUGUUGGGUUUGAUGUGAGGGUGUGGGGAAGAGCCCACAGUUUCUGAUAGUCCUGGAGGAGUCCACAUUUUCUGGUAGGUCCUCCAAGAGCAAGGCCCCACAUAAAAGCCAUGCAUUCAGACGCAAUAUCUUACAUUAAAGUUGUUGAGGUGUGACCUUGUCCUCUACUUUUUUGGCAACCAGCUCCAAAGUUGUUGUUGUUGUUGUUGUUGUGUGUGUUGUGUGUGUUUUUAAUGCGACUUUUCCUGCUUGAUUGGCUGCCUUCUUCUCAGAGAAAUUAGCCCUCAUAGGAACAGCAAGUCUACUAAAGCUCUGGGCCCCAAAGAGGCAAUUUACAGUUUGGCCUCCCUCUGGAGCAACUCUGUUCAGGCCUGGAAUGAUCUGUCAUGACUCAUGAACAACGUUGUGGUGGUGGUUGUAGUGACUGACCACUGAGUUCCCAUGCGAACUGUCUCAAUGGCAGCUGCUUUAAAAGGAAGUUCUGGUAGAGACUUGGAAGGUGAGUGCGUACAAGGCAAAGUUUUCUACCCCAAGAAUUCAUCCAGCUACCCUUUUCAGUCUAUCUCCAUAACAUAUUAUAAAAUGCUGUUUUCAACAGCUUUAAAAAACAUUAUACAGUGCAUAUGACACAGUUUUGCUUUUUGCUUUUUUUUGGAUAAUAUAUUAUUGAGUUUUCCAUUCAUUUAAAAUGGCUAUACAGUACCCUUGGAAAUAGCAUUGCUUAAUCUAUUCGCAAGCUGCAAUAAACAUUAAAACACAAGAUUCAGUUUUAAGUACCAGUAUGUCUGUACUGCUAAACUUUUUUUUGGAGGAGAGGAGGUGGAGCAUUAAGGGGAGGUAAAUAAAAAUAACUUAUUGAAUACCUGAAUACUUUCCAGCUAGCUCCACACAAAUAAACCUUUUUGAAUUUGCAGACUUAAUUUUUACUAUGCAACUGGGAGACAGAAAUGUUAUAACAUGGUCAGGAGUCCCCAGUCUUAUGGCCAGAAGCCAAUCUUUGCUGCUAAUUGUUCAUUGUCCAGUUUACACUUACCAUUUAAACAGAUAUAGUUGUUGGGGUGCCCCCCCAUUAUUCAGCUAGUAUUCCAGAAUAACGUGGGGUGUUUUUUUAAGCCUUUUCCUUUAUUGCAAAACAACAACAACAACAACAGCAGCAGCAGCAACAGCAACAACAACAACUUUUAUGAAGGAUCCUGAAUGGAUCCUCAACAUUUUCAUCUGUCUGGAAUAUGUACAAGCAGGAUUUUUUUCCAGCAGAGCUCACAGGAGCUCAGCUCCAGCACCUCUCAAGUGUGCCGUUCUAAGAGAACAAGGGAGAAGUUUGUGGUGAGCUUCAGUACCGCUUUUUCUAGAAAAAUAGCACUGUGUACAAGCACAGUGUCCUGGUUUAUUUGUGGUUUGGGGUUGGUGGGCAUGGCUUUGGAGGCAUCUGUUUUGUGCGACUUCUCUCUGACCUUUGCAAGCUGUCAGUUUGUGACAUCGACAGAUGGAGAUGAUGUUGAGUCAAAGCUCUGCCCAUGACAACAUUCAUUAGCUGCAGACAAAAUUUCAUCACAACAACCAAGUUCACCAUAGCUCAGGCUGACGCACCUUCGAAUCUGCUAUACUACCACAAGGUUAGAAUUCCAAAAUGCUAGGCAUUUAAAUAAUAAUAAUUAAAAUUCCAUGAAGCAGUUGCAGCUUUAUACAUGCUCAUAACGAUGAUGUUUACUGCUGGAGGAUCAUGAGGGUAUGUAAGGAGUGUGACUAGAGCCACAGAACUUUUCUCAAUUUGGACACAACCCACCAUUAGUGCGGAAAGGAAAACCCUGCACUCACUCUCUAAUAAGAGCAGCAUGUGACCAAUGGUGUAGACAAUCAUCUCCACUCUUUAAAACAUUGGGUCAAACAGCACAAUAAAAGGUAAGAGCAAAAAGACCUUGCCUUUCCAACACUGUGUAAAUAACAUCAUUCAUAAAGCACCUGAGAUUUGCUAAGUGCUGUACACAGAUUACCGUCACUGCCCAUAUGCUUCAAUUUAAAAGACAGGAAACAGAAUGGGGGGGGGGGGGGAGGAAAGGAAAGUUAUAUAGUUCUUAUAAGGAACAGCUUGGGAGGAAGCAGCUGGUCUCUCCCCAAGCCUAUGGAGUGGCCACUGCUGACCCAUCUUUCCCUCUGAUGUGAAGUGGCUGCUUUAUUAUUAUUAUUAUUAUUAUUAUUAUUAUUAUUAUUAUUAUUAAAACUAUUAAUUAAAUCUGUUAGUUGCUUUAUCUUACACAGGGCAAUCCAAAGUGAUUUGCAACCAAAUAAACAGACAGAUGAUAAAUCUCACAUAAAUACAUUAAAACCAAGAAAGAAAGAGAAAUACGUUAAAAACAUCCCACCCAAUUCUAAGAGGCCACAGAUAGUUAAAGGCCAAAGGCCAGGUUAUAGAGGAAUUUUGCCUGGUGUCUAAAGAUAUAUAAUGAUGGCACCAGGCAAGCCUUCCUGGACAGGGCAUUCCACAAAUGGGAAGCCACUACAGUCUGUUUUUGUGUUGCUACCCUAUGGACCUUUCGUGGAAGAGGCACACAAAGAAGGGCCUUGGAUCAUGAGCACAGGAUCAGGUUGAUUUGUAUGGGGAGACCUUUAGGACAGCUCAUCUCUUGUCCAAGCCGAUAGACUGGGCUUUGCUAUGGUAUUCCUCCUACAGUAGCCAUGUGAUAAUACUGGUGUUACAGUGAAUAAUUUUGAAAGUAAACUAAUCUGAUGUAUAUCAGCAUUUCUCACAUUUCUUCUAGAACCAGAAGCCUACAACCAAGAAAUGUAUUUGUUUAAAUCAGUGUGUGAUGUAGACUCAUCCCAACAUUCAGUGGCAGCUGGUAACAUUUUAAAUUUAUAGGACUUGCUGUUUUUCAUCACAGCACUUAUUUAGGAAUGUGUGCAGAGUGCCAUUGCACAUGUGCAGAGUGCAAACCCAACACCAUCAAUUAUUCUCUGCACAGGGUCCAAGUAGUAUAAUUUUCAGACAAGAUUGACUCAUGCCUCUUAUUUAGAAAUUAAGCCAUACUGCAUGAAAACUGUUCAUCUACAUGUCUGUUGCCAAAAAGCUAAACACACAAAACAUUUUAAAAUGUGAGGAAAGCUUGCUUCUAGUUGCACACAGUCCCUCCCACCCCAAAAAGCAAUUCAUCAACAUUGCUUUUUCCAGAGAGGGAAGAAAGCAGCACUUACAUUAGCCUACUUAACUUCACUAUUACCAAAAUUCAUUAUAUUUUGCAAAAUAUGUUUGAAAAUAAAGGACAGGACAAGCGCCCAAUGUAUAUUUCAUGUUAAUAUUGCAAAAAUCACUAUUCCACUGUUGCUCCAAUAUUGAUGUAUUAGUGGAGGCUGCAGUCCCUACCAUGUCUACUCAGAAGUAAGUGGGGCUAGGAAUGCUGCUGUUAGCAGAAAGACAAAAAACGAUUUUACUGACUUUGGGGGUUUUGCGUUUAUUUUCAAUUAGCCAGUGACAUUAUUUAUUUGUAAGUUGGGAUGUUUCUAGAAAGUCCUAUUAAUGGCUGUGUUGUUGGGAGACUGUGCGUGUGCGUGUUGUUUUAAGUAAGUUCUAUGAAUACUCUCUUUUAUUCAGAACUCCUUAAAAGUUGCCAGCAUAUGUUCAUAACUCCCCUCCUUGGCAUGUUAUUGCAGUUCUCUUAAAUAAAAAAACUGCCCCGUUUCACAACUUCCUGAGUGAUCUACAGAGCAGGACUUUGUUGGUACUUUCUUUAACUGCCUCUCCCUGAGAGUAGGUGGAGUCGUCUUUUGAAAGCAGCCUAUAGAAAAUCUCAUUUCUGCGCGUAACCCACCCAGCCUUUUCCUUCCUUGCAAUGAAUCUCUGCGAUAGACUGUGGAAUUGUGUGCGAGAGACCGGUGACCUCAUAGUUGCUUGCGGAGCUUGGAAGGAGCGUGGUUUUUUGCAGCAUGGAGCGAAUAGUCUGAAAGAAGUGCUUUCUUGUUUCUCAGUAAAUGAGCUUACUGCUCGAGGCAGAUGUGGGAGAGGGCGGUUUUAUGAGAGCGCAAACGCUGAAAGAGGAGAGGCGAAAGUGGCUGGAAUUGCAACUUUCCACACACUGCUGCAUCUGCCCUUGUUAGGAUGUCACCAUUGUUCAACUGGGUGGCGAAGGUGCCCGAGAUCAUAAGCACUAUCAGACAAGCAGGAAAAAUUGCACGGCAGGAAGAGUUCCAGAACAACCUCUCAGAUGUGGAAGAUCCUUUUAGCAAAAAAUUUGAGGUGCUAUUCUGUGGCCGAGUGACAGUAGCGCACAAAAAUGCACCUCCAGCCCUCAUAGAUGAAUGUAUUGAAAAAUUUAAUGAUGUUAGUUAUACCAAAAACUUGGAUUCUGGUACAUUCGCUCAACAACAUGAAACUGUCAACCAUUCUGGAGGAUUUUCCAUAAGUGAUAAAUUCCGAUCCGUCUUCCAACCCUUAGUUAAUGAAGAGCAGGAGAAAAGGCCGAUGCGGAAAUCCUACUCUCAGCCCGGACUGCGUUCUUGUGCUUUCAAGAGAGAUUCACAAGCAGGUUGCCUGAAGACAAGUAACAGCUUUGUCAGAUCCUUUGAUGAAGAUGCUGUUUCUCUGAACUUAAAAAGUCGAUUUAUUCACGGGCAAAACGUUCAGCCAACGGAUAUUGCUGGGAACCGGAUAAUGUUGUUCACGAUUGGCCAGUCUGAAGUUUACAUCAUCAGUCCUGAUACCAAAAAAGUAGUUAUUGAGAAAAGCUUUAAGGAAAUUUCAUUUUGCUCUCAGGGAAUUAGACAUGUGGAUCACUUUGGAUUUAUCUGCAGAGAGCCUUCGGAAAAUGGAGGCUUCCAUUUCGUUUGUUACGUUUUUCAAUGUACAGAUGAAGCUCUGGUUGAUGAGAUCAUGAUGACUUUGAAACAGGCUUUCACAGUAGCUGCUAUACAACAAACUGCCAAAGCACAAGUCCAACUCUGUGAAGGAUGUCCCAUGCAGUGCCUGCAUAAACUCUGUGAAAGGAUAGAAGGAUUACAUCCUUCUAAAACUAAACUAGAAAUCCAAAAACAUCUAACAACGCUGAACAACCAGGAGCAGGCCUCAAUAUUUGAAGAAGUUCAGAAAAUAAGGCCAAGAAAUGAACAGAAGGAGAAUGAGUUAAUAAUCUCUGUCCUGAGAGUUAUGUAUGAGGAAAAGCAAAAGGAUCAUAUCCACCUUAGUGAAGCCAAGCAGAUGUCACAGUCAUCAGUAGAGGCCAUGGGAAAUGAAUUGCCAAGCAACACAUCCCGGUUCAGACUAGAUAUGUUGAAGAGCAAGGCUAAAAGGUCACUGACAGAAUCAUUAGACAGUAUUUUAUCUCGGGGGAAUAAAGCCAAAAGUCAACUGGAAAGUUCUGGAAGUAUUGAUUUGGACAGCUCCUUAUCUAGCACACAAAGCACAACAAGUAAAGAAACAUCUCUGUUUGAGAAAGAAGACCUUCCCCCAGAGAGCCCCCUCAAGGCAAAUGGAUCUGUAGGUGAUCUCUCAAGUGAGCUAGAAAGCUCGUCUACUGAACAGUCUGCAAAAUCAGCUUACCAGGGAUUUAGAAGACGAGCUAAUACUCUGACCCAUGUGCCAACUGAAAGCCAGGAAGCCCCAGAACCCACUGAAGCAUCUCCGACUGUUCCCCAAAGGAAACUUAUGAGGUAUCAUUCGGUGAGCACAGAGACUCCAAACCAGCAAAACAGCUCUAAAAGUUCUUCUGAUCAGUCAUCACCGGCUCCUCCUCCUUCUCCUCCUCCAGCUCGUCUUAAUCCCUCGGCCUCUUCGCCCAAUUUCUUUAAACAUUUUAGGCAUAAUUCAAGUGGAGAACAAAGUGGGCAUGCUGUGCCAAAGAGCACCUCCUACCGUUCUGCUCUACAGAAAAAGCUUCACUCUUCCUCUUCUGUGCCAAACUUCUUAAAAUUUCUGGCUCCUGUAGAUGAAAAUAACACCUCUGACUUUAGGAACACAAAAAGUGACUACAAGCCCAAGUCAAGUGAAGCAGCUUCUAUCUAUGAAAGCCCUGUGAGGACCCGGCGGCAUUCAUGGAGACAACAGAUAUUCUUAAGAGUGGCAACCCCACAGAAAGGAUGUGAUUCUCCUAGUUGGCACGAUGAAUACUCUGAGUUGGGUGAACUUCCACCCAGAUCACCAUUGCAAGCAGUUUGUGAAGAUGGCCCCUUUAGGGCACUAAAAGAAGAGAGGAAGAGGACACCCAGAGAGCUUCGGGAACUGUGGCAAAAAGCAAUUUUGCAGCAGAUACUACUACUUAGGAUGGAAAAGGAAAAUCAAAAGUUGCAAGCUUCUGAAAACAAUCUGCUAAACAAACGUCUGAAGCUUGAUUAUGAAGAAAUCACCCCAUGCCUCAAAGAGGUAACGUUGGUCUGGGAAAAAAUGUUGAGUACGCCAGGAAGGUCAAAGGUGAAGUUUGACAUGGAAAAAAUACAUUCUGCUGUUGGAAAAGGAGUUCCUCGACAUCACCGGGGUGAGAUCUGGAAGUUUUUAGCAGAACAAUACCAGCUUAAGCCUCAGUUUGCAAAUAAACAGCUACCAAAGGAUACACCUUACAAAGAACUCCUAAAGCAGCUAACCUCUCAGCAGCAUGCAAUACUUAUUGACCUAGGCCGCACCUUUCCGACGCAUCCAUAUUUCUCAGCCCAGCUUGGAGCUGGGCAGCUGUCACUUUACAAUAUCUUGAAGGCCUAUUCCCUCUUGGAUCCAGAAGUUGGCUAUUGCCAGGGCCUUAGCUUUGUAGCCGGUGUGCUGUUGCUUCAUAUGAGUGAAGAAGAGGCUUUCAAGAUGCUCAAGUUCCUUAUGUUCGACAUGGGCCUGAGGAAGCAGUAUCGACCUGACAUGACAAUUUUACAGAUCCAGAUGUAUCAACUUUCUCGACUUCUUCAUGAUUACCACAGAGAUCUCUACAAUCAUUUUGAAGCACAUGAAAUUGGACCUAGUCUGUAUGCUGCCCCCUGGUUUCUUACCAUGUUUGCCUCUCAAUUUCCCCUGGGGUUUGUGGCUAGAGUGUUUGACAUGCUGUUUCUCCAAGGAUCAGAAGUUAUAUUUAAAGUAGCUUUAAGUUUGCUGGGAAGCCAUAAGCCCUUAAUUCUGCAACAUGAAAACUUGGAAACUAUAGUUGAUUUCGUUAAAUGUAUUCUCCCAAAUCUAGGUUUGGUACAGAUGGAAAAAACCAUAAACCAGGUAUUUGAGAUGGAUAUUUCCAAACAGCUGCAAGCUUAUGAAGUUGAAUAUCAUGUGCUUCAAGAUGAAUUGAUAGAUUCUUCUCUCAACGACAAUCAAAGGAUGGAUAAAUUGGAAAAAGCCAACACCAAUUUACGUAAACAAAACUUUGACCUCCUUGAGGAGCUGCAGAUGGCAAAUGGAAAGAUCCAAAACCUAGAGGCCAUGGUUGAUGCUUUGCUCAACAAUGAAAGCAAGCUGAGGCAGACAAUUCUCACUCUAGAACUGGAGAGGAAAGCACUGCUGGAAACGGUAAACGAGGUGCACAUACAUUCGGCAAACCCCAGUGGAAAGCCUCUGCUUACCAGGCAAGAACAUAUGGAUUCUGCUAACUGACAGCUGCAGACAUAAUGGAGGAAGCAAGCUCAACACAGAUAAGAAGGGGAAAAACAUUUCCUGAGGUCGCUAUCUUUCAAGGCGUCCUUUGUAUUGUUCAUGCCUUAACUUUGAGCGAAACAAAGACUUUGCACAAAAGAGAUGCAUGUUACUAAUGGAGGAAAGUCUUGCUUGUUCAUAUCUACAAUUCUUUUGAAUUAAGCAUAUAUGCAAUGCAGCAAGCAGAAGGACCUUUAUGCUGCCUUGUUCCUUUUGCUUUUGACUGACAUUUCCACUCCACUGUAAAGAUUUGCUGUCCCGAACUCUGCAGCAAGUGCUUCUCUACCCAAGGGCUUCAUGUUGCUUACAAACUAAGCAUUUUUAAAACUCUACUUUUAACACUGUGUGCUGCAAAGGUGCUGGAGAAUUACAGCACUAGGAAUUCCUGGAGCGAUUCCUUCUCCCUAUUUGAGGGGCUACAUUAUUCAUCUGCAAUUGGACUUAGUAAGUUUGUGGCACUUCCCCCUCUGCCUGAAGUUAGAGUGGAUUCCAUUUAUUCACAUUGUGUUUUUAAAUCCCCUUUGCUGCCUUAAGACAUCAAUUUAGUGAACCCAGUAAGUUUCACCAUAUGCAUUUUGAGAUUGUAAUCUGUUGUUACAAAUCUGAUAUCUUUUAAUUAUGGGGGUGUGUGGGUGUGUGUUUUAUUUUUAACAUCCAACAUUAUAGCAUGGUUUAAUGCUCUGAUGAAGUAGAUGAAGUUCAGGAUACUACUUUUUUCUUCUCUAAUAAUGUCUUCAUGACAUUAUGAUGGAUCAUGCCUUAAAGUGUUAUUUUAUUUAUUUUUGAAUUAUUGUAUACUAUAAGCCUUUGGUUGCCAAAUGGAAAGCUAAUGACUGUCAGUUUUAAUUUUAAUAGUUAAUUUUAAUAGUUAAUUGGACCCUCAACCCACUCUGAUGAAAUUUUGCUCUUCAAAACAUGCCCUUCUAAAAUUGUGGUGGUACUUCCAAGGGUUGGUUCUAUGAAAGACACACUUAACAGUGCAAUCCUACACAUGCCUACUCGGAAAUAAACUCCACUGGGUUCAAUGGGAUUUACUCCCAGGACAGCAGUGUUACACAGAGCAGCUGGCUUAUUUGAAGUAGGAGUACAGGCUCUCAAUAAAAAUAUAUCCUUUUUUCUUCAUAUAAACAAAACCAUUUUUAAGACCAUUUUUAAGACCAUUAAAAGCACUUCAAAUCACAGCUAUCAUUGUUCAUCAAGAAGCAGUUCAAUAUAUAUUACAGAAAGUUCAAUUGAUAACACAAUUUUGUUUCUUUCCAAAUAAAUUUGUUGACUUGAAAUGUAUGGGCAUUUACUUUAACUAGUAAUGUUACAAUUGAUAAACAAAUUAUGCAUUAAGAAGUUUUCUUCUUCUUCCUGCCAGCAGUGGUUUACAAUAAUUAUUAUAUUGCACAGUGAAUUUCCUGUCUAGAUAUAAGUUGAAAUCCAGAAACAUUAAGAUCAAUUGACUUCAAUAGGAUGUGUACCUCACAUCAAACUUAAACCUAUUUAAUAGUCAUUCCCUCUGGCAAAAAACCCUUGGACAGCAUUCUGUGAGGGGUGCUAGAGAGACUUUUCAACACCCUUACCAUGCUAAAUUUACAGGAUUCUUUAAGAAACCAUGAUGGUUUAACUGGCAUAUAAUUACUCUAUGUUAUAUAGAUAAGCCCGAAGUAUUGUUUAUGUUGCAUGAAAAGGGUAACACAUUCCUUCGUUUCUCACACCUCUCAAAUUCACCUCUCAAAUUUGCAUCCUUAAACAAAAACAAACUCUUCCAUUCACAUUUCUACUUUUAAAAUGACGGUUUCUUUGUGGGUUCUUCAGAACUUUUAUUAUUUUUACUCUUAGGAGUGCCCAGCAAUGAUGUAUUUGGUCAAGGCAAUAACUGAUAUAUAAGCUUUUUAACACUAAAACAAAUGAGCAAUAAAAAGACUAACUAACCCAGCCAAUAUCAUAUUGUGAUGUUCAAAAAUAUAGAGUAUCAAGUCUCCUGCAGUAGUCCUAUGGGAUUAUUAAAUACAAAUAUGAAGAGCCAGUUGGCAGAGAAGGCUACAAGCCCAUGGCACCUCUUCCUGAGACUGUCCAGAAAGCACAUUGGUGAGCCUUCCUCCACAGAGAUUGCCACCAACAGGAUGACUUUUUCUCAACCAGUCAGUAUGGCCUCCUCAGCUUGCUGGGGGACAAUCACUGCUGUGAGCAUUCAACAGCCUCUUCCCUUGUGUGUGUUCGUGUGUGAGUGUCCAGCCCUUAUAAGGAUUUUCAGUCCAGCCAUUUUUACUUUCCAGAUCUGAUGGGAGUUCACUGGUUUGCACUGAAGCAAUUGGGGACAUCAUAAGCAAGACAAAUAUUGCUAAUUAAGCUGCUAAAUUGUACUUCAAAUUCAAGGUGGGAAUUGCCAAAGUUUCUCAUGAGGAUGGCUGUCUGUUAAUUUGCCUAGCAUUAUUUCAAUACAUCCGAGAAAGAGAAUCUGAACCCAGGUCCCUUUUCCCCCACACAGCAAUGGUCAUUUUGCAAUUAUUUUUGCCACAGAGACUACUAGGACUAAAUGACGUUUAUGUGCACUCUGGCUUCUCUCACGGUGUCCUGUUGCGCCAGAAGUGGUUUCGUUAUGCUGGCCACAUGAUCUGGAAAGCUGUCUGUGGACAAACACUGGCUCCCUUAGCCUGAAGCGAGAUGAGUGCCGCACCCCAUAGUCGCCUUUGACUGGACUUUGACUGUCCAGGGGUCCUUUACCUUUUUUACCUUACUAGGACUAAACUGGUGUUUUCCACAGCAACAGUCCAAAGUUUGAAUGACAAACACACUUUUUUUUAAUGGGCAUGCCUGCAUUGGAGAGCCAUGAGCCACCAGAUGUGUGUAUGUGGAAAUUUAACAACGUGCACCUCUCAUUCAUUCUUCAGUGUUUAGGGAGAUUUAAAUGUACCUGCAGCAAACAUGGUUGCUCUAUAAUGUGUGUCGGUGACGGCUUUGGAAAGCAAUAGCUUUCACUUUCAGCACACAGGUCAGUAUUCUCCCUUCAGAAAUAUCUCCAAAUCUGCUAAAUUCCCAUCUGAUCUCAUAAUACAGCAGCUGUAUUACGAUUUUCCCUUGCUUGUACAGAAUUGUAUAGACUAUGUUAAUAAGUUCUUCUGUAUAUGUAAAAUCCCUCCCUUUGACACCCUGAAAUUUAAGGAUGCAGAUUGUUGUUUAAAACAAUCUGGCCAAAUUCAGGGAUUUCAACCAAAGAAUGAAUAGGAAUAUUGCUAUGUGAAUGAAAGGCUUCUAACUUGGUGGUUCAGCAUGUGCAUGCUGGGCAUCUUAUCAGCAUGACAGGAAAUUGAUGGCCUUCUUCUCUCCAGUUGAGGAACAAGCAACCUCAGAGAGCUGGAAACCAGCCAACCCUUGUGGUUUUAUGAAGACAAUAGGACUGCGGGGAGGGGCAAUGCACCAUGGAGUGGAAUUUAAUGAAGCAUAUGCUUGCUUUAUAUAUCAGUAGAUGACAAAAUAGUGGAUGCCUAGGAAUGGAUGGACAGGGUCAGGAACAUCAACCACAGCCCCUGACGAGGACUGUUGAGUUGGCAGGAGAUGGUUCCCUUUAAAGAAAGUUGCAAGAGUGAGAAUAGGUAGGAGAGAUUAUGGGGAGAGUGUUUGGGGUAGAACUUCCCAGGAGAAGUAGUGAAAAGGUUUCAAUGCAGGUGUGAAGAAUGGGCUUCAGGUGGGGGCUUAGCUGAGCAACAGUAUGGUAAUGGGACAUUAGGCUUUCAGUUGUAAAUUGCCCUGAGCAUUCAAAUUAAUAAGUGGAUACUACUAGCAGGACUGCUUUCACAAUCUGCAGCUCUAAGGCAAGUCACUCUUGAGUGGCCACCUUAAACCAAGAAGGGAUGGGGCAUGCAAAAAGAUAAUUCUCUUGUGCUGGCUCUGGCUCUGGCUGUGCAAAGUGAGAGUGGCAGAGCAGCUGGUGUGGGGUGCCCUUCACCAGUCUUGGAAUUCCAACAAACACCUGGCUGUGCUACCCUCAUCUUUGGACACCAAGGUGUCUGCUCUUCUUCAAGCACCAUAAAUAGAUAGAAUAUAGAAAGCAAGCGAAAGUUGACAGUAAGUUAAAUUGUGACCCAGUGUGGUGUAGUGUUUAAGAGAGGUAGACUCGUAAUCUGGUGAACUGGGUUCGAUUCCCCGCUCCUCCACAUGCAGGUACUGGGUGACCUUGGGCUAGUCACACUUCUCUGAAGUCUCUUAGCCCUACUCACCUCACAGAGUGUUUGUUGUGGGGGAGGAAGGGAAAGGAGAUUGUUAGCCGAUUUGAGACUCCUUCAGGUAGUGAUAAAGCGGGAUAUCAAAUCCAAACUCUUCUUCAGACACUGACUCUGCAAGGAACAUUUGAUGCUCAUGGUAUCUUUUGCUUCAUAUUGCUUAACAUAGGGAGAAGCAGCCAAUGCACAGGGCUGCCAGGAAACCUGCCUUUUAACUAAACAAUCUGAAGUACCAGGAAUCCAGUACCUCAAAGCAGGCUUUUUCAGUCUAACCCCAAAGCUAGCCAAGAAAUAUUUCAUAACUAUGAUGACUGUACAAGCUCCUGCUUAUGCCACUGGAUUUAAAAUGGUUUAUUGUGCCGAUAAACUGGGCCAACUGGUUAUUAUAAUGAAGACAAGAAUGAAUUUGGACUGUAAUUACACUGUGCUGGGAUUUUAGCAAAAAAAAAAGCAAUGCAAGUUCUGGAAUUUGAAUUUCCUUGUGUUUCUAAAUGGAAAAAAAUCACAUGAAUGGUGACAGGCCUCAUAAUGUAUCUGGAAAUCAUAAAUGAUGCAUUAGAGCCAAAUUUGUACAUGGAAUACACCUAGGACUAUUCAGGGUGAUUGAAUGUUCUUAACAUAAAACAAGCUCUGCAAAAAAAAAACCAGCACAUUAGAAAACGAGGCUACAUUUCCGGAGACAGGGUGAAGCAUUUAAUCAUGUAAUUAUCUGUCAGUAUUCAAAAUUGAUGGGGGCUAUACCACAUUAUUGUGAGCAUGUAAAUCGGCUUGUACUCGAAGCUGUUCUGCUUGUAUAAUUGUGUGGUGUGGGUGAGGAGAGAGAGAAAGAGAGAGUCUAUUAAAACAAUAUACAGUGUGCACACCACUUACACAUGGGUUCAGUUCUAGGGGUCUGCGUGCAAAGGCAAAAUCAUGCAGAAUCAGAAAUGCUACCCUCACAGCACUGUCAGAGCCUUCCUUCCCUCUUCCCCAAGCCUGGUAAGCAAGGAAAACUGACUGGGCAUGUAGAUGUGUGGGAAUAAAUAAAUGGAAAGUGGUGGAGUUCCUUGGCUCUCCACUUUAUUUAUUUAUCCCCACCCAACCCAUACAAGGUUGCAGUCGCAAACCAUCAUCUAUGACAGACAAAAUGUGAAUGCUUUUGUAGGUUUGGCAGCAACACUCAAACCACUUCAGCCCAUGUUGCUGUAAAAUGCAUGGGGAAGUGUUGUAGCUCAGUGUGAGAGCAUCUGCUUUGCAUGCAGAAGGUUCAAUCUCCAGCUAGGGCUGAGAGAGAACCUCAGCUAAUGCCAUGAAGAACCGCUGCCCAACAGUGUACGUAGACAAAUAACUGAGCUAGAUGGUCUGACUCAGUACAGUAUAAGGCGACUUCUUGUGUGGAAGCUAUUUUCGGGGGUUGGUGGCAAGAUGCAAAUUCCAAACCAGAUACAAAUACCAGUGCUGUUAAUGAUUUGAACUGCAGCAAGCUGUAUCUCUUGCUUUUCAUUACUAUUGCUUGCAGUUUCUUAGGCCAAGUAGUCACAGAGUGCUUCUAGCCGGGUCAUUUCAAUAAGGCAGUGCAGCCUCUUUACCGCAACACUGACUCACAUCCCUCCCCCUCCCCCACCUUCCUACCACUUCAAAGUUUUUGAAAUCCCAUUAGGUAAACUUGCAGCCAGAAAAUCCUCCGUAGUUUCCAGACACAGCAUGACUUGUCCUGUUUCCCCAGAUUUAUUUACAUGAGCUAUUGUAAGAUGAAUGAAUUUCUCCUGUUACUCCCACCUGGAGACUAUUUCUCAUGCAUUUCCAGCACAGAACCUUCUGUUUUAGCAUAUUAUCCCUGGAGGGAUUUUAUCUCUGAAACACAGGAAGCUUUCUAAUUGCGAUGGUUGCCUAGGCUGCUUCACAGGUGCAUUGUUUUCCAUUCCUCUGAAGGGAUAACUACUCCCUCUGGCUAAAAAUGGGGGAUUCCAACGAUUUCCACCGACUUUGGCAAUCUCUAUUCUAGGGCAAAAGAUGCCAGAACAUGCUGACUGCUAGUAUCUUCAGGCUAAUUGCACUCUUUUCCAUAGGUUAACUAUUUUUGCUGAGUAGCAUGUGUAUGUAUGUGCAUUUAUAUAUGUGGUAUGAGUGGGUGUGUCUUUGUAUAUUCCGGGAAUUUUCUGGUACAGGAUGAUGCAGGCAGUAUAUAUUUUUAUAACAGUCAACAUAGCUUGUUGCGUCUCACUGAAGGUCUUUUAACAUCUUUAUUAGAGUCUCAUCCAUUGAUGAAAGAGCCUUAUACAUUGUCAAACUGUUGGUUUAGCAAGGCAAGUGUAACCUGCUCUGACCACAGGACUUUGGUCAGAAACUACCCAAUAAUCUUUUAAAUUGGCCCAAGUUGGCAGCCCACCAAGAGCACGAUAAGUUUCUGCUCUGAAACUACAAUUGGUUCAGAACUCAGCAGCUGGAUUAUUGAUGGGGGCUGGUUGCCAGGCACACAUCUCUCUCAUUUUAAAGUAACAAUUCCAGUCACCAGUUUUUACCUUUGUCCUAUGCCAGGAAAGGGGAGCCCAUAGCCUUCCAAAUGUUGCUGGAUUACAGAUCCUAUUAUGCCUUUUGGCCAUGCUUGCUGGAGAUAACAACGGUUGUAAUCCAACAACACCUGAUGACCCAAGAUUGGGCAAGAGUGAACUUGUGAGCAUGUCCUCUGCCACUAUUGUGGAACUCCUUAUUCUCUUACCUUCACAUCUACUAGCAGCAGCAGCCAAUGAUGUGGUGGGUAGGGGAGGAGGAGGGUAGCAGAGCCAGUUCCUAGUUUGAGGGGAUGCUUGACAAAGUGUCUUCUGGCAAGUUCUCCUUUGGGCAUUCUGGGAAAUAAAAAUGGGUGCCUGCUGCUUGCAACUACCAGGCACGAGGUACCAGGACUCGCAUUAGUACUGCAGGUACCAGAUGCUGAGGCCAGGCCAAAGCAUAAUGAUUUAUAGACAAGAAAUGAACAAAAUUAGGUGUCACAGAGGCAGGGCCGUCUUAAGCACAUCCAGCGCCGUGGUGCAAAGGUCCCUCUGGCACCCUUCCCUUUCCCAAAAUUUAGCCUGGGGCGGAGGGUGCCGUUGGGGCCGCCUGACUACAGCCUCCUGCCGACGCUCUCGCUGCUGCCCAGCGGCCGCGAGGAGCUGGGUUGACCAGCGAGUCGCUCACAAGAGGCACAUGACACAGACAUCUCUGAGAGGGAGGCGAGGAGGAGCAGGAGAAGUUGCCACGGCGAUUGGUGACCCCCAAGCCCGCGUCCCAGCCAUUGUUGCCUUUCUUCAGCCAAUCAGCGUCAGCCCACGUGUUUGUACACAGAGCCGAAAAGAGACUCCCGCCUAGCCCCAGCACCGCCGCGGCCGAGGGAGAGGAGGAGGUGGCGGCAGAGCCAUAGGGCUUAGUGGCUCAUUGCGCCCCGCCAAUGCUGGGGUGCCCCUGAGAGGCCGGCGCCCUGGUGCGACAAGCCACUAGCCCCUAUGGGAAGGACGCCUCUACACAGAGGAGCGUGCAAAGCAGCCCAGAAUUUCGGUGUUUAGAUCUGCUGUGAGAGCAAGCUCACACAGGUCCAGUUUUGUCAUACAGGUGUUUUCACAAUGGGCAUUUGUGGUGAACUGAUCGCGACUGAUUCAUGCAACCAGUUUGUCAUGCAAACAAGCUUUUGCUGAAGUGGAGUGUACCAGAACUGAAAACAGAAGAUCUGGUUGAAAGAGUUUUGUGGGUCAAAGGCGUGCGCAGAGAGGCAUUCGCUUCACACUGAAGCUAAGAAAACAGAUUUUCCCCUUCUCCCCCUCUCCCCCUGCCCCAAAGUUCAGAGCUUAACCAAAGUGAAAAGAAAUUCGCUGUCAGCCUUUGAAAGAAGUAGGAAGUUUGCAAAAUGAGAGUUUAAGAAACAGCUUACUACAAAUGCAACUACACCAACACAUUUAGCUGGUGGGUCGUCUUUGCAAUGUCCAAAAAGGCCCAUGCAUGCCAAGUUCACCAGAGGUGCCAUUUUAGCUCUCAUUCAUGGGGUCCUCCUUGCAAACUUAGAGAUAUAGCUGCUUUUUAAUGUGUGUCAGGUAAUUGUGGUGAACUUUGCAAUGGAAUGCAGAUCUAUUUGGCCUUCUGCUAUUUCUGUGUUAUUCUCUCUCCUGUUCAGUUUUAACCUGUUAAAUUAGGUUACUUUAUUGUUCUGUUACAAUGUUAGAUUUUUAAAAAGGAUGUACUUACUUACUGACUAUAUGAUUUGUAAUUAUUAUGGAGUGUGUGUGGUUUUAUAAUCGUUAAUGUUUACUGCUGUUCAUUUAAUCUGUGGUGAGCCACUUUGGGCACAAUCUUUUGGGAAAGUGCCAUAGAAAUUAGAAGAGGAACAAGGAACAAGAUUCUCAGCAAGGUUUGAAGCCCUGCUCUGGGACAUAUUGAAGUAUGUUUGUAAUUUUUUUAAGCAGUGUAUUUUAAGAGUAUUUGUUGCAGGGUUUUUUUUAAUUACUCUCCCUCAUAAUUAUAUUUGCUUAUUUAAAUAACCGUAAGCAGCUCUGCAAUGUUUCUACUCGCAGAGCAACUGAAAAUAAAUAUUUUAAACCAGUAAAAUAUUGUAUAACAACAAAUAAAAACAUAUUAAAACAGCAAAGGUGGUGUAAAAGUAUCUGCUGCAAGAAUAUUUUUUUACAAAAUAUUUACUAGGGAUCCAUAAAUAAUCCUGACAUUUGACUAAGAAAACAUUAAGUUUUUGUAAGUACUGUACAGUCAUACCUCGGUUUAAGUACACUUUGGUUUGAGUACUUUCAGUUUAAAUACUCUGCGGACACGUCUGGAACGAAUUAAUCCACUUUCCAUUACUUUCAAUGGGAAAGUUCACUUCAGGUUAAGUACGCUUCAGUUUAAGUACUCCGUGGACACGUCUGGAACGAAUUAAUCCACUUUCCAUUACUUUCAAUGGGUAAGUACGCUUCAGGUUAAGUACGGACUUCCGGAACCAAUUGUGUACUUAAACCGAGGUACCACUGUACCUGAUUUGGGAACUUGCAAAAGACAAUAACCACUCAAUGAGCUGGUUUGGGCAUAACACUAAGCCAAGCAAUGACUCCUUAGCAUAAGUGUGACUAUUCCCAAAGAAGAUAUCACAGCAGUUGAACUCCCCCUCCCCCCGCUACUGCUGCCCUGCCGUAAGCCGAACUAUGUUUGGCUUGGCAUGUCAUCCAAACCCAAGCUCAUGGUUAGUUUCUGCCAGAUAAACCAUGUGCUAUAAACACCCAAGAACAAAUCUUAGCCACAGCUCAUGGUUUGUUUGAAGUGAGACAAACCAUGAAGUUCAGGUUGGAUGACACUACGCUAAACCAUAUCUUGGCUUAUGGCAGUGCAGCAAGAGCAGUGCUGGAGGAGGAGACAAGGCAGCUGUGAUGCCUCAUGUUUAUGAAUUAAGUAAUAGGUUGGCUUAGUAUUGCAUGUGAAUCAGCGGAGUGAGUAGAAAGAGUGAGUUGGCCAGAAAUAUAGUUGCUCCCAAGGAAAAGUCUGGUGCACAUGACAGGAGGUGCUGUCCUGCCCUCUGUCAGCUUCCCUUAUGUUCUACCAGCCAAAUGCAUGAGUGCAUAUUCAGAAUUACCAGGAAAACUUGGUCAAAGCCUCAUGAAAACCUGGUGAGCAGCCCAAGAAAUUCCAAGAAAUGACCAGCUUUGAGUGUAAGCAAAUAUUGCCACUUGAUGGAUAUUGAAAGAAAACUCAUUUCCCAAUGGGUGCUUAUUCUGUAGCAUUAUCAAACUGGUGAGCUUAAAAAUUCCUGGCUGUGACUGAAUGCAUAUGAAACCCUGGUGAAUGAAUGUCCCAUUCAUAUAACUCAUCCGACAGGGUGCCAAUAUUGUAAUGAAUGCACAGGAUGACUGUAGGAACUGACCCCCCCGCAAUGGUCCAAGGUAGUUGGCUUUUCAACCAAUGGAGACAAGACUUGCGUAAGGCCAAGACCUACAAUCUUUUUUUCUUCAUUAAUUACAUCUCUCAACAACUAUAGACCAUGAAAGCCAUUCAGCUGCUGCAAGCGUGUGUUUCGCUGUGUCUUGCUGUAUUGAAGAUGAGGAUGUAGAUUGUCCUUAAUUGAAAUGGAGAGCAUCUCAAUAAUCUCUGACCAAAGCCUCCUCAAAACAUGUUUGAGAGGAUUUGUGUACCUGUUUUGUAGGAUGUACCACCUCAAGCUGCCUGAUUUUAAAAGGCUCAUCAUUUCAGGUGGCGACAACUCCCUUGGGCAGCCUGCCCAGUGGAGCCAAAUUUGGAGUGAAUUUUGAAAUGUUGCAUGUUACAAUCCAGUGUCAACUGACAUUUAGCAAGAUAUUUAGAUUAUAAUUAGAAGGCUUGUGAAAGCUGGUUUGCAAGAAAGGUGAUCCCAUAGGUUGAUAGCUAGCCCAACAAUUCCACAGGAACCUCUAUAGAUUUGUCUCUUCUGUUUGUAACCUCGCCUGCCCUAUCUCCACAAAGAGCUCAGAAUAACAUUUUUACCCUCAGAGAUGCAAUGUUUAGCAAAUAAUAGAUUGGAAACUUUGUGGUUGAUUAAGAAGGGGAAGAAAUGGAGGCAGUGAGAGAUUUUACUUUCUUGGGCUCCUUGAUCACUGCAGGUGGUGACAGCAGUCACGAAAUUAAAAGACGCCUGCUUCUUGGGAGAAAAGUAAUGACAAACCUAGACAGCAUCUUAAAAAGCAGAGACAACACCUUGUGGACAAAGGUCCAUAUAGUUAAAGCUAUGGUUUUCCCAGUAGUGAUGUAUGGAAGUGAGAGCUGGACCAUAAAGAAGGCUGAUCGCUGAAGAAUUGAUGCUUUUGAAUUAUGGUGCUGGAGGAGACUCUUGAGAGUCCCAUGGACUGCAAGAAGAUCAAACCGAUCCAUUCUGAAGGAAAUCAGCCCUGAGUGCUCACUGGAAGGACAGACCCUGAAGCUGAGGCUCCAAUACUUUGACCACCUCAUGGGAAGAGAAGACUCCCUGGAAAAGACCCUGAUGUUGGGAAAGAUGGAGGACACUAGAAGAAGGGGACGAGUGAGGAGAUGGUUGGACAGUGUUCUCGAAGCUACGAACAUGAGUUUGACCAAACUGCGGGAGGCAGUGGAAGACAGGAGUGCCUGGCGUGCUCUGGUCCAUGGGGUCACAAAGAGUCAGACACAACUAAACGACUAAACAACAACAACAAGAAGAAGAAGGUGCCUUCAGUUAAUCAUACAGGGUUUGGGGUGGGUUUGUUUUUUAAUGUGAACUAUUUCUGAACAAGUUUAUCACAAAAACAGCUGGGGAUUACACUGUUUUGUCACAGGUGAGAUAGUGCCCCUCCUUACUGAAACCUGUAUAACAAGGGAACAAUUCUCGUUUAGUAAUACAGGACUUGCUUUGCACACAGAAGGUCCUUGCACACUUGUGCACACACCCACCCAAAUACACACAGCCUUUAUCCCCACUUCAGGAUA